AUUGAAUUGAAGCGGCACAGGCACCGGAUUAUGCCCAAUAGACAGCGAUAAGAGAGACGACACACACACACGAUGGCGAAGAGCCCCAGGAAGAAUUUCAGCGCGCGGCCCAGCACGAUGGGCGGGAAGAACAUUGCGCAAGGAGUGGCGGCGUUCCAGAGGAGCCGACGGUUCAGCAUUGUAGACUCCGAGGAGGAGCAGGAGGUGGACGAUGAGGAGGAGGACGAUGAGGAGGAUGGUGAGGAGGAGGACGUGGAGCAGGACGUGGAGCACGAGGACGUGGAGAUGGUGGAGGAUGACUCGUCGCUCACGGCGGUGUCUGAGGAGGACGAGGAGACGAUCCAGUCGCAUUACAUGGCGGCGGUGACCUCGGGCCGUAAGAAGCUCCCGGCAAGGAGCAGUGAUUGGUAUCGGGAGAUGGACCAGAGCCAUAGGGGGGCAGAGAGAGCUGGGAGAGCUGGAACAACUGGGAGAGGAGAGGAGAGCGACAAUGGCUCCCGCUCUGGCUUCAACUCCAACUCGAGCUCCGACUCCGAGGAUACCUCUGUUGGGAUCAACCAGAUCUACUCGAUGGUUGGCCAGGAGAGCGAUGAGGAGGAGUCUUCGGACGAGUUCUCGUCGUCCGAUGACUCGGACGUGGACUUUGUCAAGUUGCAGGCAGAGCGGAAGGCUCGGUCAAUGAAGGCCGUGAGGGCGAUCAAGGGGGUCAGGGGCAAGAGACCGGCUCAGGGGCAGGCCCUGGCCCAGACUGACACUCAGGGGAAGGUCCAGACGAAGGGCCAGGCCCAGAAGAAGGAGCGUAGGAGAAGCGUAGUGAAGCCGAAGUUUGGUAGGAGAAAGAGUGAGGUUGCCCUCCCGGACGAUAUAAACUUUACGUUUGAGUUUGAAGAGGGGGGGGUCAUUGAGAGUGAGCUGGAAGAGCUGGAGCCAGAGACUGGUCGGAGGGCCAAUCGAGGGAAGACCAGCCAUGGAGUGAAUCGACUGAUUGGACUCUCAGGAGUUACAAGAAAGGCUCAGAAGACCAAGAAGAGUUCUCAAUAUGAGGAGAAUUCAGGAGAGUCAGAGAAUGAUUCUGAGGAGUCAUAUAGAGGGGGAGCCUCUAGAAGUUCUGUAGCUGGAGACUCUAGAAGUUCUGUGGCUGCAACCUCUAGGACAUCAGGAGGAGGGGUUGCAACGUCUAGAAGUUCUGUAGCUGGAACCUCUAGGACCUCUGAAGCUAACAGUUCAGGUUCUGGAGCUUCCUCAGCUCUCUCUGAAGCUAACGCUUCAGAGUUCGGUUCGGGGUUUGAAUUCACCGAAGACAUUGGAGAAGAAAUCCAAUUCUCCUUCCCUGAAACUCUCCUCACGUUUGAUGACCCACUCCCCGUUCCCAAAAUCAAAGAGGAAGAACUCAACUCCGACGAGGACUACGAGAUCGAUGACAACGAACUCUUGGCCACAUUACAGGCCGACAACGACGAUUUUGGGGUUGGGUUCUCCCAUCAGGCCAGUAGACACAAUUCGCUUGGGUCCAUCGAUGAGGAUGAAGACCCAUUCCUCAAGGAAGAGGAGAAGUUUCUUGUCAAUGAGUUUGAAAACAAUGGGUUUGACGAUGAUCGGAGUAACCUCAUGGAUACUUUCCAUCUGAUGACGGGUGGAGGUGCUGGAGAAGAUGCGGUGAUGCAGUACGAGAGCAGUGAUGAAGAGGAGGAUGAAGAUGAGGAAGAUGAUGACUACGAUGUGAUUGACUUUGGUGAGUUUGCCGAAGGUGAUGAGGAUGAUCAGGAUGAUCCAGAAGAUCAGGAAGAUCAUGACCAGGACGACAACCACGAGCUGAAAUCGCCAAGACUCUUGGUCAGUAGAGGAAGGAGUGGAGAAAGUGGAAGAAGAGGGAAAAGCCUGGGGAAGAAGAACAAACGAAUGCUUCUUCCCAUUGGUAUCACCAAUUCAGACGAGGAGGAUGAUUCUUACUUGUGGAAUUAUUUCUUUAGUAGUGAUGGCGGGUCUUCGAAUGAAGGCGUGGAUGAUGGGGCCGAGGGGUAUGGAGAAGAGGGCCCUUCGUUUGAUGAUUCAGAGGAGGAGGUGAUUGUAGAGGAGUUGUUCAAGCAGAUGGAACGUGAUGAGAAGAGAAGGGCCGCAGCAGCUGCUGCUGCGUCUGCUUCUGGAGUGUCAGCCAGUGGGACUGGAGCUGGAGCUGGAUCUGGAUCUGGAGCCGCAGGCAGCUCCUCUUCUGGAGCCUCCUCCGGAGUCUCCACUUCUGGAGUCUCCGGUGCUAGAUCCGUCGAAGACUACGACUCAGGAGACUCCACCGACGAGGACUUGCUGCUCCCACCAACCUCCAAAAUCAAGACAGGCUCUCAAAAGGCAAAGGAGGUGCUCUCGUCGCGCACAGCGGACUACAGACCGCCAGUGCUUGGGACGUGGGUGGCCGUGGACAGCAAGCCGUUUGGCAUCAUAGACGGGUUGUCCACGCGCUCGCUUCUCCAACACUCGAAGAAUGCCAUCCCUAGACGCCCACGCAUGGGCACAGGCGGUGCUGGUGGUGCUGGCGGUGCCGGUGCCCUUGCUCUGGUGGGGAAAUCCCCUCGAUCUGCCACGGGUGGCAUUUCUGCCGGGGCCGGCGUUGGCGGGACCUCGGACCUGGCCAUGGGGUUGGACGAGCUCCUCAACAUCAGCGAAUUGGAUGACGAUGACGAGAACGACGUCAAGAUCUGGCAGGACUUCAACAGCCAGAAGAAACGACAAGUGCCGCUCGGGGCGUUCCGGAACAAGCUGAUACUCCACCAGAACAUGCUCCACAUCCCGACGCCCACCAACAACAACUUCAACCACACAUCGAAGUCGAACAACGAAUACAACCAGAGAAGGUACUCUCUCACGCGCGAGGGCGGCGGCGGGGCCGACCAUGGCAAACUGGCCGGCCCAGGCCCAGGCCCAAGGCGCAACUCGUUGAUGUCCGGGCGCAAGAACUCGGCCGCGGGCAUCAAGAAGACGCGUCGGUCUUCGUCGUCAUCGGCCUCAGUCUCAGCAGCCGUUUCUGGCGGCGCUGCCACGACACCGGUGGUUCCAUCCAAACAAAAACGGAGACGGGCUUCAAUCAUCGAGGCGGUUUCCGAGGGGUUCCGGCCCACACGGUCGGGACUCUUCAGUGAGAACGCGUUGGCCGACGUGGAAGAGGUUCUAGGCGACGACCAUGAGUUGAUGGCGUUGAUCAAAGGUUUAUAGGGCAUACAUAGU